AUGCUGAAGAGACGUACGUCGAAACGGUUUGUGCUGGGUGACACUUCUGUUGAUGAAGGGGACUGGGAUGAUGAGGCUACGGACGUGAUGCCAGCAAAUAUUCUGCAGAAGUUCCAGGUCACUAUUGAUUCAGAACCAGAUGGAAAUAAAGAAGAUGAUGACCUGGAAUUGGACAGAAGGCUGCUUAGGCCGCCUACAACCAGUACCUUGCAGCCGUCUAUGUCCCAAGGUACUGUGAUUCACAGCCAGCGUUUCCAAGAGAAGGACUUCACUGUUGCCACCCCUGAAGAGUUUGUAAGACGUUUUCAAGGCACCAGGGCCAUUAAUAAGGUGUUGAUAGCUAAUAAUGGUAUCGGUGCUGUUAAAUGUAUGCGCUCUAUAAGAAGAUGGUCUUAUGAGAUGUUCAAGAAUGAGAGGGCUGUACGCUUUGUUGUUAUGGUAACUCCCGAGGACUUGAAAGCUAAUGCUGAAUAUAUAAAGAUGGCUGAUCAUUAUGUUCCCGUUCCUGGUGGCUCUAAUAACAAUAAUUAUGCCAAUGUUGAACUUAUUGUGGAUAUUGCUAUACGGACACAAGUACAGGCUGUAUGGGCUGGUUGGGGUCAUGCUUCAGAGAAUCCCAAGCUGCCAGAACUUCUCCAUCGAGCUGGUGUAGCAUUCAUCGGACCACCAGAAAAAGCUAUGUGGGCUUUGGGAGAUAAGAUAGCUUCAUCAAUAGUAGCUCAAACAGCUGAUAUACCGACGUUAGCUUGGAGUGGCAGCGAACUGAAAGCUGAGUAUAAUACAAAGAAGAUUAAGAUAUCAUCGGAAUUGUUUGCCCGAGGCUGUGUCUCAACUCCUGAGCAGGGAUUACAAGCGGCUAAUAAGAUUGGUUUCCCCGUCAUGAUAAAGGCUUCUGAGGGUGGAGGUGGUAAAGGUAUCAGAAAGGUUGAAGUUCCUGAUGAUUUCAGCAACAUGUUCAGACAGGUACAAGCAGAAGUACCAGGUUCUCCGAUAUUCGUGAUGAAGCUUGCUCGGUCAGCCAGACAUUUGGAAGUACAACUAUUAGCUGAUCAAUAUGGUAACGCUAUAUCUCUAUUCGGGAGGGACUGUUCAAUUCAACGAAGGCAUCAGAAGAUCAUUGAGGAAGCGCCAGCGGCUGUCGCCAAGCCGGAAGUGUUCAUUGAAAUGGAAAAGGCGGCUGUUCGUUUAGCGAAAAUGGUCGGUUACGUGAGCGCUGGUACUGUGGAGUAUCUGUAUGAGCCGCUGACAGGAGCCUAUUACUUCCUAGAACUAAACCCUCGCCUGCAAGUAGAACAUCCUUGUACGGAAAUGGUGGCGGAUGUUAACCUACCAGCCGCGCAGCUACAGAUCGCCAUGGGCCUGCCCUUAUACCACAUAAAGGAUAUACGUCUAUUGUACGGGGAAUCCCCGUGGGGAAUGACGCAGAUAGACUUCGACGAACCCAAGCAGAGACCUUCGCCCUGGGGACACGUCAUAGCUGCCAGAAUCACCUCCGAAAACCCUGACGAAGGUUUCAAACCUUCUUCCGGUACGGUCCAAGAGCUCAACUUCCGGUCUUCAAAGAACGUGUGGGGUUAUUUCAGUGUGGCUGCUUCCGGUGGCUUGCACGAGUUUGCUGAUUCACAGUUUGGGCACUGCUUCUCUUGGGGCGAAACUCGAGAACAGGCUAGAGAGAAUUUGGUGAUAGCUCUCAAAGAGUUGAGUAUCCGAGGAGAUUUUAGGACUACAGUUGAAUAUCUGAUUACACUGUUGGAGACGCCUGCCUUCCAAGAUAAUAAUAUUGAUACUAGCUGGCUCGACGCUCUCAUAGCAGAGAGGGUUCAGUCUGAGAAGCCGGACGUGAUGCUGGGCGUCAUCUGCGGCUCAAUCCUAAUAGCUGACAACCUCAUCACAGCUCAUCUGUUGGAGUUUAAGAGCGCUCUGGAGAAGGGUCAGAUUCAAGGGUCAAGUCAACUUUCAAACACUGUAGAAGUGGAGCUUAUACAUUCCGGGCACAAGUACAAAGUACAAGCAACUAAAUCUGGGCCUACCUCCUACUUCCUGGCUAUGAAUGGAAGCUUCAAGGAGCUUGAGGUUCAUAAGCUGACUGACGGCGGUACCCUACUAUCAAUCGACGGUGCGUCAUACACAACGUAUUUGAAAGAAGAAGUAGAUAAAUAUAGGAUAGUGAUCGGAAAUCAAACUGUGGUCUUUGAAAAGGAGAAAGAUCCUUCUAAAUUGAGGGCUCCGUCUGCUGGGAAACUUGUUAAUACAUUGGUAGAAGACGGAGGGCAUGUGGACAAGGGUCAGCCAUACGCUGAGAUAGAGGUGAUGAAAAUGGUGAUGACUCUGUCAGCGCCAGAAUCUGGCAAAGUGUUCUGGAAUCUAAGACCUGGUGCUGUGUUAGAUAUGGGAGCAUUGAUGGGUACACUAGAGUUAGACGAUCCGUCGCUAGUGACCACAGCCCAGCCCUACAAGGGUCAGUUCCCACACGAAGAUAAUCCCAACUUAACAGAGAAAUUAAACCACGCACACAACAAAUAUAGAUAUAUACUGGAAAACACACUUGCUGGCUACUGUCUCCCCGAGCCUUACAACACUCCUCGUCUCCGCGAGGUUGUGGAGAAGUUCAUGUCAAGUUUAAGAGACCCCUCGCUGCCCUUACUGGAGUUACAAGAGGUGUUGUCAUCAACGUCGGGUCGGAUCCCGGUUUCAGUGGAAAAGAAAGUUCGCAAGUUGAUGGCGUUGUAUGAGAGCAACAUAACCAGCGUGCUGGCGCAGUUCCCGAGCCAGCAGAUAGCCAGCGUUAUUGACCACCACGCGGCGUCACUCGCGAAGCGCGCUGACAGGGACGUGUUCUUCAUGAGCACGCAAGCCUUGGUGGUGCUAGUACAGCGGUAUAGGAACGGAAUCCGCGGCAGAAUGAAGGCUGCUGUUCAUGAUCUAUUGAAGCAGUACUACCAGGUCGAGAGCAACUUCCAACUGGGUUCGUACGACAAAUGUGUAAUGGCGCUACGUGACCGUUACAAGGACGACAUGCAGGCCGUCGCUAACAUCAUUUUCUCACACAAUCAAGUAGCCAAGAAGAAUCUACUGGUAACAAUGUUGAUAGACCAUCUGUGGUCUAAUGAGCCAGGUCUUACCGAUGAGCUCGCGGCCACUCUCAACGAAUUGACCUCGUUACACCGAGCUGAACACAGUCGGGUAGCGCUGAGGGCUAGACAGGUGUUGAUAGCGGCCCACCAGCCCGCCUACGAACUACGUCACAAUCAAAUGGAAUCAAUAUUUCUAUCCGCGGUGGACAUGUAUGGACAUGACUUCCAUCCGGAGAACCUUCAGAAGCUUAUCCUCUCUGAGACAUCGAUAUUCGACAUACUACACGAUUUCUUCUAUCACACGAACGCGGCGGUGAGUAGACCGAGUAGACCAUAG